AGGUUCAGCGUUGGAGAAUUGCACAGUUCACAUUCGCAAUGGCUUCAGUGAAGAACGUCGUGUUUUUAGUUGGUGUACUUCUUUUCGUUGUUGGGGCGAAUUGCAGCCCUUUCAAACUGAAGAAGUUGUUCAAAGAUGGUGAUUUGGACAUUGUUUCGAGGAAGGAGUGGAAGGCGAGGACUCCGGAGAAUCCACCAAUCGCCUUGACCGAAGAACCAGUUCCAUACGUUGUCAUCCAUCAUUCGGCUACCCCAAGUUGCACCACCAAAGCGAAAUGCAAGGGCGCAGUCAAAGGUUUCCAAAACUAUCACAUCGAUCAGAAUGAAUGGAACGAUAUUGGAUACAAUUUUAUCAUUGGAGAAGACGGGAACAUCUACGAGGGUCGCGGCUGGGGGGUGACCGGAGCACAUGCGCCACCGCUGAACGACAAAAGCAUCGGAAUCUGUAUUAUCGGCACAUUCAUCGAUACGCUUCCAAAUGAGAAAGCUCUGCACGCUCUCCGGGAUUUGAUUGCCGAAGGCAUGAAGACGAACAGGAUAAGCAGGAGCUACGGUUUGGUUGGACACAGGCAGACGUCGGCCACGGAAUGUCCGGGAAAGACUUUCUACAACGAGAUCAAGACUUGGGCGCGUUGGAUCGAACAUCCGCCAAUCAAAGAAUCUUAAGAUAUUCACUUUUCACCAUGUAAUAUUUAUAUCGGUUCGUUUUGUACCUUUUAUUAUUUAUUUAAAUAAAUUGUUAAUUUUGUUAUUAAAAAAAAAACACUUUCUUAAACAUAACUCUCACUUCAUUACUUAAAUAUAUAAAAUUUCCAUAGAUUAUUGAUGAUAAAACAGUUUAUUUUAGGUUAAGUAAUCUAAGGUUAACUUUAUAUAAUGAUAACUUUACAUAAUCUUCAUCCAAAUUUACAUAGAAUCUUUAUAAUGAAACUAAUUGUUUAAUAAUGUCAAUUCAGGAAUGUAAGAAUCUCCAUAACUUUUCAUAGUCUUCAUCAAUGGUAGAAACACAGAUAUCUUUAGGUUAGGUUAAGUUAGGUUAGAUUACUUUAUAAUUUUUAUUUCAUAUCUUUCAUUUAUGAAUAUCUCAAUAAACUUCCACACUUUUCAUCGAUAUUGUUUACAAAAUCAUGGUUAAAAAAAAUCAAAUAAUUUUAUCU